AUAAUUGCUUAUAUCAGAUCAGCCUUUUUUCUGAGAGUGCAUUUAAGCUCUAAUCAUAACCCAGUGCAGGUUCCUUCAUGUGUCAUUGAUGAUUGGAAAUCAUGAAGCUUUUUCUCUUUGCUGUAACUGCAUAUGUUCUUCUGUGCCAUGUAAAUGGAAACUGGUGGGAGGAUUAUAAAGAGAACAUAAAGCAUCUCAGUGAGGAGGCACUCUAUCAGGAGUACCCAGAUAAAGUUCGGCAGCAGGAUUUCCAGCAUCCGCCAUUCCAGUGUCCAGACAUGAGCCCUUCUCCCACUGUACCCACAUCAGUGGAAAAGGUGAAAGCAGCUGACAUUAAAGUUAUCGCAGCAUUGGGUGACUCUCUGACUACAGCCAUUGGUGCAAACGCGUCUACAAUCCUGGGAGUGCCAGUCGAGUAUCGUCAGCUGUCAUGGAGUAUUGGGGGCCAUGGAGCAUACCGUGAUGUUAUUACUCUCGCAAACAUUGUGAAACUUUUUAACCCGGAUGUGAUUUUUCCGGCACCUAUGAUGACGUUGAACAAUCGUCCAUCAAGUCUUAAUGAGACCGGCUUUAAUUUAGCCGUCACUGGUCACAACACAGUGAAUUUCUCUGAACAGGCCAGGAACAUGAUUGACACCUUCAAAACCUAUCCAGGGUUAAACUUUAGAGAGGACUGGAAGCUGGUGACUAUUUUAAUUGGGAUGAAUGACAUCUGUGAUUAUUGCAAGGACAAAAAAUUGUUUUCACCUGACAACUUCAUCAAGUACCUCACAGCCUCCCUAGAUAUGAUGAUGAAUGAGGUUCCUCGACUGAUCGUGAACGUAGUGCAGAUUUUUACUAUGAAGCCUCUGAGGGAGGUUCAGAAGAACUCUCUUGCCUGCCAGCUCCAAAAGAGUUUCUGUUCAUGUUUGGUCUUGCCUGAAGAGAACUCCACUGAACUGGCAGAGCUGACUGAAGUAAAUCUGGAAUUCCAGAGGAGACUGGAGGAGCUGCUGAACAGCGAUCGCUUCUUUAAAGAGGAUUUUGCUGUCGUUCUGCAGCCAUAUGCAGCUCAUGCCCAGCUACCCAGACUAGCUGACGGCAAAAUCGAUUUUAGUUACUUCGCUCCAGACUGUUUCCAUUUCGCCAUAAAGGGUCAUGAGGAGCUGGCCAAGGGCCUCUGGAACAACAUGUUUCAACCUCCCGAUAAGAAAGUUUUCAUCGAGACCUUUUCAGAGCCAGUAGAACUCAUCUGUCCGUCAGAGGAGCAUCCUUACAUAUACACCAGACCCAAAGUUCUGUCCUCUGCAAACCAUCUGCAAGUCAUCUGGACUCUUUUAACCCUUACAGGCCUCAUUACCUUCUACAACAACAUACAUUAAGUGUAUUCCUCAGGCUUCACUCCUGUUUUUACCACACCCUUGUCAACUAUUCAUGAGUUUGUAUCACCCAUAGAUUGUAUAUGGUAUGGUAUGUAAUAUGGUAUAAAAACCUGUGGUAUAUCUUACAUUACACAAGUGGCCACUUGAGGCAUGACGGGAGGAAUUUAGCAUUUUGCCUCGCUCAGAUGAGCUAAGAAUCAAAGCCUUUAUGAUCUUGUGUUAAAAAGGAAUCUCCAUGACUGGAGCAGACUUUUCAGUAGGAAUACACUAUACUAAGUAAAUUUACUAAGAAUUAUUUUCUAAGAGUUAUUUUCCUAAUUCAACUAAUUUGUUGAAUAGAGUAACAAAGUUACUUCAGCUGUCAUGCAGAGAUGGAGUAAUUGACUAUGUAAAAACCAGCGUCUACUAAAAUAUCCACCAAUAUUAAAAUCCAAACUGUCCAGUUCCUAAUUUGUGUCUGUGUUUUAGAGGAUAUUUAAUAAAAUUAAACCCUGGAUUUUCUAAUGUGUCUGCAAAUCUGGUAGAGUUUGCCCAUGUGAUCACACUACUCACCCGCAUAAAUGCAUACAAGGUAUGCCAUUUGAAGCACAGUUUGCCUUUCGUAAAAGGAAAUUACAUCAGAUGGCAAUGCCUAUUGGUUAAGUCUUGCUUAUGAAGUCUAAAACCAGGUUGACUGAAACCCUCUUGCUUCUGAGGGUCAUGUAAAUCUACAAAUCUUAUUAAAUAAUGGAUGCAAUGUAAAACAUUUAAAUAGCAAAUAAAUAACAUAACAAAUUAAGAAAUGGAAAUGGGGAUUCCUUCAAGACAGAACGUUGCAUUGACAAGGUGAGAUAAACAAUAAUGCUGGGCCACACCCUGUAUUUGUCGUAUUCCUGUACUUUGGUUUGUGGGAGCUUAUCAUACUCAGGGCUUAUCAUUGACUUGAACUGCAUUUCAAAAGAUAAUACUCAUUCAUUUUUCAUUAUCAGUGCUAGGUUUUUUAAAUUGUUCUUUUUAAUAUUUACAAUCUCUGAGUGACAAAUUAGUCUGUAAAUUAAUCAUUGACUGAUCAGACAAAUAAACAGACAUCCAUAAUUGUAUGUACAUGUUCAAUAAAAAUACAUCAGCAAUGGCAUGUAUAUAUUAUGUGUGUGUAUCAUUUUGAACUUGUAAUGUCAUUAUUUUAAUAAAUGAAUGCACACUGAUUUUUAAAUGCACUUUUC